UUCUCAGUAUGACCUGUAGUGUGUCUCAGUAACACAUCCCUGCAGUGACUCCAGAACUUCAGUGCGAGAGGAGACAGAGGAAGCAGCACAUCAGCCAGGCUUCCCAGAGAUUGAACCCCCAUAGACCUGUCCUCACUCCUCAUACCUACCUCAAACAGGACUGUCCUAACCUGUGUACAGCACUUCCUUUCUCCAACAGGACUGGCCUUACCUGCUGUAGAGGGAACACCUACCUCAAACAGAACUAGCCUUACCUGCCGUAGAAGGAAUACCUAUCUCCAACAGGACUAUCCUUACCUGCUGUAGAAGGAACACCUACCUCAAACAAAACUAGCCUUACCUGCUGUCCAAAGGAAUACUUACCUCCAACAGUACUGGCCUCACCUGCUAUAGAAGUAAUACCUAUCUCCAGCCGAUCGCACUUUUUGCACAGCAGUUCCUUCCUACCAAUAACAGGAGUCAUCAACUGUAGACCAGUACCAACCUUCCACAGGACUGUGUUCAUAUGCUUUAGCAGUACUUACCUACCAAAGAACCAUCCUCACCUAUUGUAACGCAGUACUUACCUAUCACAGGACCAUCCUCACCUAUUGUAACGCAGUACUUAUCACAGGACUUAGCUCUCAUGGGACUGUUUUCACCGACUGUAGAGUAGGACUUACCUGUCACAGGGCCACCUUCACCUACCAGAAGACUGGUCUCAAUAGGAGUUACCUGAUACAGGAUUUGGCUCACCUGAUAUUGAACCUUGCUUGUCAUUGGGAUCUUGGUACUUGAAAUAGGACUGUUUUGUGUCAUCUAUGGUCAGUGGCCUUGCUGAUGGCUGCCCCUGGAUCACUAGGAGAGAUGCCACGCACCUUUCCUCGCCUCAGUAUUUCAGAGGUGGAUGAACAUGUCCGUCUUCUGGCUGAAAAAGUCUUUGCCAAAGUUCUACGAGAAGAGGACAAUAAAGAUGCCUUCUCCCUGUACACCGUCCCGGAGGAUUGUCCUAUUGGUCAGAAAGAGGCCAAGGAAAGGGAGCUAGAGAAAGACAUUGCGGAACAGAAGUCUGCUGAAACCGUGAAAAGGAAGAAAAGUUUCAAGAUCAUUCGCUCCCAAUCAUUGUCUCUUCAAAUGCCCCCUCAUGACUGGAAGUCGCCAUCAACCAUCACACCCAUUCCAUCUCCUCUGUCUCCAGAGCAGCCACCCAUUCCCAUCCUAAGAGGCCCUGGUCAAGUUGUCCAAGUACCGUAUGACGUCCCAGAAUUUCAGAGAGUGACCAUUAGUGGGGAUUAUUGUGCCGGGGUCACAGUUGAUGACUACGAACAAGCCGCAAUCGGACUGGCCAAGGCUCUAUUGAUAAGGGAAAAAUACUCACGGCUGGCAUAUCAUCGAUUCCCCAGGACUACCGCCCGGUAUUUGUCCUCUAUAAAUGAUGAAAGCUUGAACUUGGAAGACGAGGUGUAUCCAGACUUUUACCCUGCAGCGGGGGGUGAGGACCCCUAUGAUUUAGAAAAUGUUCCACCAAACCUGAAUUAUGUAGUGAAAAUGAGAGGCGGGAUCCCCUAUGUGUAUGACAAUGAAGAGAUGGCUAAGGCGAAUGAGCCCCGCAGCUUGCCGUACCCAGACCUGGAAACCUACACUCUAGACCUCAGUCACAUCUUGACUCUCAUUGCUGAUGGUCCAACGAAAACCUACUGUCACCGCAGACUCAAUUUCCUGGGAUCCAAGUUUAACCUUCAUGAGAUGCUGAAUGAGAUGUCAGAACUGAAAGAACUGAAAAGUGUCCCCCAUCGGGAUUUCUAUAACGUCAGAAAGGUAGACACCCACAUCCAUGCUGCAGCCUGUAUGAACCAGAAACACCUUCUCCGAUUCAUUAAGCACACAUACCGCACGGAGUCGGACAGGGUGGUGGCUGAGAAGAAUGGAGAAAAGAUGACACUCAAAGAACUAUUCGACAGUCUUUACAUGGACCCAUAUGACCUGACUGUAGACUCUCUCGAUGUCCAUGCGGGGCGACAAACUUUUCAUCGUUUUGAUAAGUUCAAUGCCAAGUACAACCCAGUGGGUGCAAGCGAGCUGAGAGACUUGUAUCUGAAGUCGGAGAACUACAUAGAAGGGGAAUAUUUUGCUCGAAUCAUCAAGGAAGUGGCCCGAGAGCUGGAGGACAGCAAAUACCAGUAUACCGAGCCUCGGUUCUCUAUCUAUGGACGGUCAUCCGGAGAAUGGGACAUCAUGGCCAAGUGGUUCAUCAAACACAAGCUGCAUUCACCCAACAUGCGCUGGAUGAUCCAGGUUCCUCGAAUCUUUGAUAUUUUUGCAUCAAAGAAGAUCCUUCCAGAUUUUGGAAAAAUGAUAGAAAAUAUUUUCUUACCUUUGUUUGAGGCAACAAUUAACCCCUCCGAUCACAAGGAGCUGCACCUUUUCCUAAACUACGUCACCGGCUUUGACAGCGUGGAUGAUGAAUCCAAGCACAAUGACCACAUGUUCUCUAACAGGAGUCCCACCCCAGACCAGUGGACGUGUGAGCAGAACCCACCAUAUAGCUACUAUCUGUACUACAUGUAUGCCAACAUUAUGCUGCUCAACAACCUACGCAAAGAGAGGGGGAUGAGCACGUUCCUGUUCCGGCCGCACUGCGGGGAAGCCGGCUCCAUCACUCACCUGGUGUCGGCUUUUCUAACCGCCGACAACAUUUCUCACGGAUUAAAUCUCAAGAAGAGCCCAGUACUACAGUACCUUUACUACCUGGCACAAAUCCCCAUUGCUAUGUCUCCACUCAGCAACAACAGCUUGUUCCUAGAAUAUUCUAAAAACCCUCUGCGGGAAUUCCUACAUAAGGGGCUGGUUGUGUCUCUGUCCACCGACGACCCCAUGCAAUUCCACUACACCAAGGAAGCGCUUAUGGAAGAAUACGCCAUCGCGGCCCAAGUCUGGAAGUUGAGUACCUGCGACUUGUGCGAGAUUGCGAGAAACAGCGUCCUGCAGAGCGGCCUCUCGGACAAGGAAAAGCAGCAUUUCCUGGGGGCUGACUACAAGAAAGAAGGGCCAGAAGGGAACAACAUCAGUAGAACAAACGUUGCCCAGAUCCGCAUGGCUUACCGCUAUGAGACAUUAUGUAACGAGCUCAGCUUUCUAACGGACGCCAUGAAAUCUGCAUUGAUUGCUCUGGCUCAGACAUCAUGAAGACAUCCUCAGUACUAACCCCUGCCUAGGACAAUCAUGGACAUCCAACAUCACACUGGCUUUGUGCUCAUAUACCUGUAUAUCUACAUAGCGGAAAUGUAUCGCAGCUGAAAUAUGUUACAUUAAACACACUUUGGGAGUUGCUUGUUGUGUUAACGGAAACCUGGACCAGGUUAAAGUUCAGACUAUUCCCACAAUUUGUCGACUUAUCAGGUCAACAGUAAUCAGGUGCCCGUCGACAGUUUGAACAUGUCGACAUUGUGGUGUCUACAUCAUGAAUGUCAAUAUAGUAACUGUUAACCAUGUGACUGGACUAUUUGCAGUUGGUCGGCAGAUGUAAGUACAUUGAUGGGCUAGUGCCUGCUUGUGAUUGGCUGAUUGCCCCUGUACUGCUCUAUAGGCGCCGCCCCUCAGGCAUAUAUACGUGCGUGUGCUUUAACAAUUGUUUUCCUUCCUUACACCUCAUGCAGAGCUGCUUCUGCUGAAUUAGACUUUAUACACUUUAUUGAUGCCAAAUAGUGAAUCUAUAAGCAUCCGGUGCUCACCAUUCAGUCCCGGUAGACCUUCGUCCAUCUGGUGUCUACGAACAUAUGCAUCAUCCCAGUGUUUUGGGACUAGAAGGGAUUAAUAAGAAUUUUCGGUGGAAUAUUAGAAGAUUUAUAGACAACGGAUGUACGGAGCAGCUACAGAGACUGAAUGGUGAAUAUUGCUUUGGAACUUAAUUAAGCGCCUUUAACUUGUAUUUGUAUUCUACUUAGGAGAUUUUAGUAGGAUGUCAGUGGGACUAUAUUUUCAGGUGCCUGCACAAUGAUUAUUUGCACCUUGGGACUCAUUCUCAUUUUAGUUAAACUUGCAUAAGUGUCCGGUGCCGAGGGAUGUGCAUCUCGCCAUGUGUGCAGUUUUGUAUAUGGAUGGAAAUCAGGCACAUAAUGUUUAUUGUGAAAUGUAACAAGGAGAAUUAUGUGAGUUCUCUUAUGCUGAAACUGUAUCCCUACUAGCACGGUCUGCAAAUAAGUAUCCGUAAUAAACAUGUGUUAGCAAGCGCAGGUCUGAGGGAGCUCCUCUGCUGGCACAAGACUACUCCAUUUUGUGUUCGGGAGAGAGAGCGCUCACUAAGGGAGAAUGGGAUGAGUGCCGCUAAACCUGGAGGUGUCCUGCCUCCUUGAUAAUUGUAGAAGGAAAAGAAAAUGGACAGCGCACUUGGGGAUAGGGAUGCCAGGAGGUGGGCAGGGAUUGGGAUAGGUGGGGAGACGGGGAAAAAAAGAGAUGCAGUGUUCUGCUUCUACGUAAUUUGAAUGAUGGAUGUAGAUCCUGUAUGUGUAAUAAUGAGGUGAGGCGCAAUGAAUUGUAUUUAUUUGUUGAUUGUUAGGGUUUAUGUACAACCCUCUCCAGUUUUGUAGCAUAGGAUACCCUUAUUGGAUGUACCCUCCUGAGCAGUGCACUAUUGCCCAGAUGUGGGUGGUCAAAUAGUCUAAAAUACCACUAUCAGGUGUGUCAUAGCAGACUACCCUUUUUGUAUACCCUCCCAAUGGUAUACCCUGUUCAGAGUAAACCCCCGCUGGGUUCAAUGUCAGGUGUGCCCUGGUAAGGGGUCACCUUUACCAUAGGUGUGGUCUGCCUAUGUAUCUCUGAAUGUUCUCCGUAAGUUUGAUAUGGAAUGGGUGUGACAGUGGCGGCGUCCCGCCUGUCAGACUCUUCCUGUGUUGCUCGGCUAGAGGUGGCGGGUGUACGGCUGUAUAGAUGUCACUUACCGCCGGGGGCAGGUGGAUGUGCCUGCCGCCGGUUUCUACAGUCCCGUCCCGCACUGCCUCGGUAGUGUCUGUCUGCAGCUCCGGUCCCCGGUUCAGUAGCAGGCGCCGCUCUCUUACUCCUGUUCGCGGGUCCCGUCUGCUUCCUGGUUACUCGCGUCACGUGCUUGGUCACGUGAGCGGACAAGGUGUCCCAAUUCAUGCACUCUCCCUCCCCGGCCUGAGAGGGGGAUCUGCAAUGUGAUGGUAGAGGAAAAAAGAGGUCUAUAAUGUAGUGUGUGUGUCCAUGCAGGUCUGAGGAAGCUCCUCUGCAGGCACAAGACUUCUCCACGCGGGUCUGAGGGAGCUCCUCUGCAGGCACAAGACUACUCCAUGUGGGUCUGAGGGUGCUCCUCUGCAGGUGCAAUACUUGUCCACGUGGGUCUGAGGGUGCUCCUCUGCAGGCACAAGACUACUCCACGCGGAUCUGAGGGAGCUCCUCUGCAGGCACAGGACUUCUCCAUGUGGGUCUGAGGGAGCUCCUCUGCAGGCACAAGACUACUCCACACAGGUCAAUUGGAGCUUCUCUGCAGGCACAAUACUUCUCCACACGGGUCUAAGGGAGCUCGUCAGCAGGCACAAGACUUCUCCACGUGGGUGUGAGCGAGCUCCUCUGCAGGUACAAUACUUCUCCACGUGGGUCUGAGCGAGCUCCUCUGCAGGCACAAUACUUGUCAACGUGGGUCUGAGGGAGCUCCUCUGCAGGUACAAUACUUGUCCACGCGGGUCAUCUGAGAGAGCUCCUCAGCAGACACAAGACUACUCCACGCAGGUCUGAGGAAUCUCCUCUGCAGGCACAAUACUUCUCCUCGCAGAUCUGAACGAGCUCCUCUGCAGGUACAAUACUUCUCCACAUGGGUCUGAGGGAGCUCCUCUGCAGGUACAAUACUUCUCCACGUGGGUCCGAGGGAGCUCCUCUGCAGGCACAAUACUUGUCCACGUGGGUCUGAGGGAGCUCCUCUGCAGGUACAAUACUUGUCCACGCGGGUCGUCUGAGAGAGCUCCUCAGCAGGCACAAGACUACUCCACGCAGGUCUGAGGGAGAUCCUCUGCAGGCACAAGACUACUCCACGCAGGUCUGAGGAAUCUCCUCUGCAGGCACAAUACUUCUCCUCGCAGGUCUGAACGAGCUCCUCUGCAGGUACAAUACUUCUCCACGUGGGUCUGAGGAAGCUCCUCUGCAGGCACAAUACUUGUCCACGCGGGUCUGAGGGAGAUCCUCUGCAGGCAUAAGACUACUCCACGCAAGUCUGAGGAAGCUCCUCUGCAGGCACAAUACUUCUCCACGUGGGUCUGAGCGAGCUCCUCUGCAGGUACAAUACUUCUCCACGUGGGUCCGAGGGAGCUCCUCUGCAGGCACAAUACUUGUCCACGUGGGUCCGAGGGAGCUCCUCUGCAAGCACAAUACUUGUCCACGUGGGUCCGAGGGAGCUCCUCUGCAGGCACAAUACUUGUCCACGUGGGUCUGAGGAAGCUCCUCUGCAGGUACAAUACUUGUCCACGCAGGUCUGAGAGAGCUCCUCAGCAGGCACAAUACUUCUCCACGCGGGUCUGAGGGAGCUCCGCAGCAGGCACAAUACUUCUCUACGUGGGUCUGAGGUAGCUACUCUGCAGGUACAAUACUUGUCCACGCGGGUCUGGGGGAGCUCCUCUGCAGGAAAAGGCUACUCCACGCAGGUCUGAGGGAGCUCCUCUGCAGGCACAAUACUACUCCACGCGGGUCUGAGGAAGCUCCUCUGCAGGCACAAUACUUGUCCAGGCGGGUCUGGGGGAGCUCCUCGGCAGUCACAAGACUUCUCCAUGCGGGUCUGAGGAAGCUCUUCUGCAGGCACAAGACUACUCCACGCAGGUCUGAGGAAGCUCUUCUGCAGGCACAAGACUACUCCACGCAGGUCUGAGGAAGCUCCUCUGCAGGCACAAUACUAUUCCACGCAGGUCUGAGGGAGCUCCGCACAGGCACAAUACUUCUCUACGCGGGUCUGAGGGAGCUCCUCUGCAGGCACAAUACUAUUCCACGCAGGUCUGAGGGAGCUCCGCAGCAGGCACAAUACUUCGUUACGCGGGUCUGAGAGAGCUCCUCUGCAGGUACAAUACUUGUCCACGCGGGUCGUCUGAAAGAGCUCCUCAGCAGGCACAAGACUACUCCACGCAGGUCUGAGGGAGAUCCUCUGCAGGCACAAUACUUGUCCACGUGUGUCUGAGAGAGCUCCUCAGCAGGCACAAUACUUCUCUACGUGGGUCUGAGGUAGCUCCUCUGCAGGUACAAUACUUGUCCACGCGGGUCUGGGGGAGCUCCUCUGCAGGAAAAGGCUACUCCACGCAGGUCUGAGGGAGCUCCUCUGCAGGCACAAGACUUCUCCAUGCGGGUCUGAGGAAGCUCCUCUGCAGGCACAAUACUACUCCACGCGGGUCUGAGGGAGCUGCUCUGCAGGCACAAUACUUGUCCAGGCGGGUCUGAGAGAGCUCCUCGGCAGGCACAAGACUACUCCACAGCAGCACCUUCCUGCCCCAUGAGCUUGCGAUCAGAAAGGAGGCGUAGCCAUGGAUUAGCUCUGCAUUAUAUAGGUGCAGAAUAACAGUGUCAGCUUUUAUAUUUCUAUCUAUAUUUGUCAGGGUCAGAAGAUGCCUUUUAUAUUAGAAAAAUAUUUAUUUUAGGCUGGGUGGUGCUUUUAUUGUGCUGGAAGAGACGGUCCCUGCCACGAAGCACAGAAUGUAACACAAUAUGGAAUGGUGCAGCACACAACAUAUAUUGUGUUGGGUAGACUUGUAUUCCAGGCAAGCAGCAUCCCAUAGCGGAACCACUACUGACGACUGUCUCAUUGUAUGUACACAUUGAACCCAUAGUAUUGGAACCAUCCCCACUGUUACACUGCAGGAAUAAACGUGCCAUGAUUGUCUUCUGGUUACAGUCAUACAUUAUUUUGCCAAAUAUUUUUAUUUUCUGUGUUUUCAACGCAAUAAAAUAAAGUGUAGCCCAA